GAGGGGCGCGCCCCGCCCCCGCCGGGCUUGAGUGUCGGAUGUGUUUGCGGCCCGUGCCGCUCGCGCCUCGGCGCUCGCUCCUGCCCCGCGCCCCUAACCCCGCGGGGCGCCGUGGACCAACAUGGGCCUGGAAGAAGAGCUGCUGAGGAUCGCCAAAAAGCUGGAGAAGAUGGUGGCCCGCAAGAAGACGGAAGGGGCCCUGGACCUUCUGAAGAAGCUGAAUGGUUGUCAGAUGUCGAUCCAGCUGCUGCAGACCACCAGGAUUGGAGUCGCCGUUAAUGGAGUUCGCAAACACUGCUCAGACAAGGAGGUGGUGUCUUUGGCCAAAGUUCUCAUUAAAAACUGGAAGAGGCUGCUGGACUCCCCUGGAACCACCAAAGGAGAGAGAGAAGACAGAGAAAAAGCAAAGAAGAAAGAAAAGGGGCUCGGUUGUUCAGACUGGAAGCCAGAAGCAGGUCUUUCUCCACCAAAGAAGAAAGGAACGGAAGAGCCCAAAAACAGGAGAGACUCCGUAGAGUCCAGGUCAUCCAUCACCUCGUCUCCGAAAAGGCCGUCAGUGGAAAGAUCCAACAGCAGCAGAUCCAAAGCGGAAACUCCCAAGACCCCCAGCAGCCCCUCAACUCCCACAUUCGCCCCCUCUGUCUGUCUCUUGGCCCCCUGCUAUCUCACGGGGGACUCUGUCCGGGACAAGUGUGUGGAGAUGCUGUCAGCAGCCCUGAAGGCAGAAGACGAUUUCAAGGACUAUGGAGUCAACUGUGACAAGCUGGCCUCCGAAAUAGAAGACCAUAUCUAUCAGGAACUCAAGAGCACGGACAUGAAGUACCGGAACCGUGUGCGCAGCCGCAUCAGCAACCUGAAGGACCCCAGGAACCCAGGCCUGAGGCGGAACGUGCUCAGUGGGGCCAUUUCCCCAGAGCUCAUCGCCAAGAUGACAGCAGAGGAAAUGGCCAGUGACGAGCUGAGGGAGUUGAGGAAUGCCAUGACUCAAGAGGCCAUCCGUGAGCACCAGAUGGCCAAGACAGGCGGCACCACCACCGACCUCUUGCGCUGUAACAAGUGCAAGAAAAAAAACUGCACUUAUAACCAGGUGCAGACACGCAGUGCGGACGAGCCCAUGACCACCUUUGUCUUAUGCAAUGAAUGUGGAAACCGCUGGAAGUUCUGCUGACUGAACCACCCACCAGGAUGGCAGUGGACAAGGGGAGGAAGAACAAGCAGGAAGCACAGACCAUGUGACCCGGAGCAAAAAUAAAAACUCAAAUGAAGGAAAAAGCUGAGCCCUGGAUGAGGCUAGGGAUUGCAGGAGGGGUGGGGUGGGGGAGGGUUCUUUUGCCAAUUAUAAUUAGUCAUGAAAAAUGGUUGGCUUGUGGGGGAGCUUUUCUGGGGUGUCAGUCCUUAUUGACAGACCUACACAGAAUGCCAGCAACAGAUUGGAGGGGUCUUGUCCCGACAGUGGACUGACAGAGCUUUUGAGUUUCUUCUGCCCUACUGAAAAAUAGCAGAUUGGGGCUGUGGGUAUAGCGUAGGGUAGGGUAUAUGGCCCAGCCUGCCAUCCCCACACAGAGUCGAGGGGAAGGAGGGAGAAAUACAAACCCUGCAUGGUGCUGUUCACUUGCGAGUCCAGUGGCUUGGGAGGCUGAAGAGAGUCACCCGAUUCUGGGAGUUCAAAGUCAGCUUCCGCAACAUAAUGAAACCCUGUUCCUUAUUUUCUUUAUUUCGUUUCCAUUUUAUGAUUGUAUUGUUUAUGUUUAUUUGUUUUAGUUUUUUUGUUUUGUUUUGUUUUUGAGACAGGAUUUCUCUGUGUAGCCUUGGCUGCCCUGGACUUGUUUUGUAGACCAGGCUGGCCUCAAACUCACAGGGAUCCGCCUGCCUACCUCUGCCUCCGUGAGUGCUGGGAUCACAGGUGUGCGCCAACCUGCCCGGCGAUUUUCUUGUAUUUUAAAAGAUCUCAUGUAACCUAGGGUGGAUAGACUCUGUGCAUAGUUGAGAACUUCUGAUCCUCUCAACUCCACCUUCAAGACUUGGGAUUAUAGGCCUGUACCACCAUGGCCGGCUGACACUGUGUGUGUGUAUGUGUGUGUGUGUGUGUGUGUGUGUGUGUGUGUGUGUGAGCCUUGAACCCAGGGCUUCAUGCUUGCUGGGAAAGCACUCUACCAGCUGAGCUAUACCCUCAGCCCCAAACUCCAUCUCUAAACAAAACAGAAAACGUCGGGGCUGGAGAGAUGGCUUGGUGGUGAAGAGCACCUAUCGUUCUUGCAGAGGACCCAGGUUCAGUUGCCGGCACCCACAUACUGUCCCACAGCCGGAAGGGUGGCUGUGUGGUUUUGCUUCUGCAGAUAGAAAUCUACUCCCAAAUGCUGCUAUACCCUGUUGGCCGCUGUCUGGAAGGCCUCUGAGGCCUCUGGAUAACUCGAGGCAGGAAUAGAUCUAGCAUGCAGGCAAGAUUACAGCAACGCCCAUGACGUCUAGCCCCCUUGAGGGUCCUGAGCCCCAGAGCCUGCUCAGGCCUAGCAUGUCCCAGCUCUCUGUAGUCUGAGCUUCCGAGAGCUAUGUGGAACACAGUAACUUUGCUGAACUUCUCCCUUGCUGACAUCAGCUUGCUCUCUAUGCCGAGGAAAACUAGAAAGUUUUGGGGAAAGCUAGAAAGUUCUGGAAAAGUUUUUGUGCAGGUCUGAUGAGCUGUGGCAGUUCUCUCACUGUUUGCCCCUGGCCGCCUCGCAGCCCCAGACUGAGCCUCCUAGGCUGUGUCCAACCAUGAUGAAGCACAGAAGGCUUCCUAGGAAUUUGAACAUGUCACCUUGCACCAGUUUCUUAACUAGAAACAUGUGAGCAGCGAGCACCUGCCUCCUGGGGUGACUGCAGAGUUUCCAUCUGUCCCAGUCACCCUCGAGGUGAAACUGCUGGGCAGUGAGAGUGGAGGAGCUGGUGCCAUCUGGGCAUCGUCCCUACAGAAUGGGUGGUUGGCAAAAUGUCGUGGUCCUCCACCAAAAGAUGGAGCCUGUAGAGACUGGGUUCAGAAAUCUGUGGCAGGGGGCUGGCAAGAUGGCUCAGUGGAGAAGGGUACUUUCUGCCAAGCCAAUAACCCAAAUCUAUUCCUUAAGAUCCACAGAGAGAGUGGACUCCCACAGGUUGUCCUCUGAUCUCCAGACACAUGCCAUGGGACAGGCACCUCCCCUAAAUACAUACAUACAGAUAAUAAUAAAUGAAGAGAAAGGUUGGGGAGAGAAAGGCAGGCAGGCAGGCAGGCAAGCUUGCUUCAGCUUUUAACCCAGUAAAGUUUGGGGGUCCUGUGGAAAGGCUGGGUAUCCUCUGUAGAGGAUUUCACACCCACAGCUCCUAAAGACAGAACAGGACAGACCUCCAUUGCGUCUUCCCUUUUGCCUAAGGGCAAAUGUAUAUAAUCCUCCACCCAAAUGUUGAGAAACGAACAAAAAUUAAAAGGCAUGGCAGUGUCCACUCUCGGUCCAAUGAUGUUAGGGAAGGUUACUUCAGCAUGCUUUGUUGUUGUUUUUUUAAUUUGCUUUCAAGAUAGGGUUUCUCUGUGUAGCCCUAGAUGCCCUAGAACUCACUAAGUAGACCAGGCUGGCCUUGAACUCACAGAGAUCCGCCAGCUUCUGCCUCCCAUGUGCUGGGAUCAAAGGCAUGUGCCACCAUGCCCAGUGUUUUUUAAAUUUAACACUUUUUUCCACCUGUACAUAGUGAACUGAAAUGUAUUUUUUAAAGGUAAAGAAAACUUUAUAAAACAAAUGUUCUAAUCCCAGAA